AAUGAAAUAACUAAUAUAGGUACUAUCAGCUGUGUUAAUCAUGGUUGGUAUGUUAUACUAAUUGACUCCACAAAAUAAGGAAUAGAAUUUGAGAGAUUGGUGUACAAAUUUUGAUGGGGAUAAUGGAUGUAGAGGAUCAUAAACAGAUAAUCCCUCUGAUUGGGUGAAUAGAAAUUUUUAAACUCCUCCAAAAGGUGAUCCUUUAUGGCGGUACUAUAAUUAUAUAUAUAUUUAGUGAAGGAUAUUAAGAUUAUCAUAUUUUAUAAGGAUAUGCUAGAUAAGUAUAUAGUUCAGAUCUUCGAUCCUGUGCAAUCUCAAUUUAUACUAGAGUAAAUCCAGAAUAUCAAGGUUCUUUAAUUUAUAGUUUUGAUGGUGAGGAACAGACAUCUCCAAACAAAACAUUUUCAGCUCCCAGAAGUGAAGUUUAAAUCAAAGUUUAUUUGAAAGUUGGUGGAGAUAUAACAGUAGCAAAACUUGAGCUUUAACCAGUAGAUUUUGUAUGGAAUCAUCCUACAGUAAAUUAAUCUAGCCAUUUUAAAAAUGGAUAGAAAGGAGCUGUUGUUGAAUUAUUUGGUUGGAAAUAUGAGGAUGUUGAAUAAGAAUGUGAGAUGAUGGCCAAAGCUGGAUAUUUGGGAGUAAAAGUAUUCCCACCUUAAGAAUCAAUAUUGGAUUAUGAACAUCCAGAAAAUGGAGAAUUAAAUCCAUGGUAUUGGUUAUAUUAACCUGUAUCUUAUCGUCUUAAUUCUCGUAUGGGUACAGUAGAGGAACUAAGAAAGAUGAUUAAUACUUGUAGAUCAAAGGGAUUAAGAGUAUAUGCAGAUGCUGUUGUAAAUCAUAUGAGUGGUAAUGGUAAUGAUAUGUUCCCAUCUCAUUGUUAUGGAUCUACAUAUUGGGGAAAUAAAAAUAGUUCAGGAGGAUCACCUUGGUAUACUUAAGGAUUUGCUUAUUAAAAUUGGACAUGGUCAGGAGCAAGACCAGGUAUGGAAUUCCCAUAAGUACCAUAUGGUCCAUUGGAUUUCCAUUGUGCAAGACCAAUUUCAUCUUGGAAUGAUGGAUUUAUAUUAAAUUAUGGUUGGUUAGUAAAUUUAGGAGAUUUGAAUACUGAAUCAGAUUAUGUUAGAUAAAGAAUUGCUGAUUAUAUUACUGAUUUACUUUCAAUAGGUAUUAGUGGAAUAAGAAUUGAUGCUGCUAAACAUAUCAGUCCUGAAAAUUUAGCCCAUAUUUUUAAGAGAUUAGCAAAUAAUAUGGGAGGAAAAUUACCAGAUGAUUUUACAGCUUAUUUAGAAGUAAUUAUUGGUGGAGAAAAAGAUUUAUUAAUGUGUAAUGAAAAUUGGUAUAAUUAUGGAAAAUCAUUUGAUAAUUUUAUGAAAUAAGUAGGAUUAAGUGAUUCUGAUAUUUAUAAGAUUAAAAUUUGGAGUUCUGAUUAUCCAAAAGAACAUCCAGCAUGUGGUUGGUGGCCAAUAUCAUCUGAAAGAUUUGCAGCAUAAUAAGAUUGUCAUGAUGAUUAAAAUCCAGGAUCAUCUAGUAGAGAUAUGUAAGAUAAGGGAAGUGUUUUGAUUAAAGAGAGAAAUGUUGAUAGACAUCGUUAUUUCAAUAAAUAAUUAUUCUUUAGAACUGAUGGUAAUUGGUAAAUCAAAUUAAUAUUAUCUUCAUAUUCUUUUAUUGAUUCAAAUGGAGCAUAAGCUCCUCCUGAUGGUCAUUCAGAUUGUGCUAGAUGUGUUGGAUCAGCUUGUUCUGGUUGUACUAAAUCAGUUCCUUAUAAGAAAGCUCAUAAUCCAAAUGUUUGUGGUUAUACUAUAUAUUAAAAUGGAUAAUGGCAAUAAGGAGAAUGUAAUUAUUUUUAUAUAUAUAUUUUUUUUAGAUACUAGAGUUCAUAGAGAUAAAGAAAUUAUUAUUGAAAUGAGAAGAUGGAUGGGAUUAUCAACAUCAGUUUCUAAUGCUGAAAUAGGAUUACCAGAUCAUUGUUGACU